GUUCCCCGUCCGGCAGCAGCCUGAAGAAACACCACCGCCGCAGCAUCUUCAGCCCCUUCUUUUGCUGCUUCCGUAACUAUGACUACCGCCUGGAGUCCCCGCCCCCGUCGCCGCCCAGCAACAAGCCCCUCCCAUUGCCACCACCCCCAGAGGAGAACGGCAGCCCCCCAAAGGCUCCAGAGCUUCUACUCCCAGAGGUCAAUGUCUCAGACUGUGGUCGGAGCUGUGUGGUGAUUGACCUUGAUGAAACCCUGGUGCACAGCUCCUUCAAGCCCAUCGGCAACGCAGACUUCAUCGUUCCUGUGGAGAUCGACGGCACCGUGCACCAGGUGUAUGUGCUGAAGCGCCCCCACGUUGACGAGUUUCUGCAGAGGCUGGGGGAGCUGUUUGAGUGUGUUCUAUUCACGGCUAGCUUAGCCAAGUACGCGGACCCGGUGGCCGAUCUGCUGGACCAGUGGGGGGUGUUCCGCGCCCGCCUCUUCAGGGAGUCCUGCGUGUUCCACCGGGGGAACUAUGUGAAGGACCUGAGCCGUCUUGGCCGCCAGCUGGCCCGUGUCAUCAUAGUGGACAACUCGCCCGCCUCCUACGUCUUCCACCCCGAGAAUGCGGUGCCGGUGCAGUCUUGGUUUGACGACAUGACAGACACAGAGCUCCAGGACCUGAUCCCACUCUUCGAGGGCCUCAGCAGAGAGGAGGAGGUGUACACCGUCCUGCAGAGCAUGCGGCCCACGUAGCAGACCGCCACCCCCCCCGUCCCCCCCGUCCCCCAGGUGGUCCCUCAUGGUGGUGCUUUGUGGCCCCUAAUGGCGCGUUUCCACUGGUGGGUGCGGUUUGGUUAGGUAUGGAUAGGUGCGGAACGGUUCACAUUUUCACCGCCAACUUUUGGCGGGGUCCAGACUUAGCCGUGAUUAGCCGUACUCGUCUCACACUGCUCCUUCGUUAGGGUACCAAGCGGUCUGAAAGGGUGCCAACAAUUUCGGGCUACAAAAUCCAUCCGUUGAUUGGUCAACAGAAUCGUCACUUCCUUGCGACAGGCGGAUUAUAACAAAAAAAAACAAUUCCUGCAAGGUAUUUCUGGACAACAGUGAAAGCUUUGUUUAUUUAAGAAAAUGUUACAUGGAAGUUUGCCGUCCUUCUUGGAUGUCCUAUGUUGUUGCUCUUUGCUAAUUGUGUCGCGUUCUUCUUUUUCAUUGGAUUUAUUAGCAGGCUACACUGUGUCGGGCUGCUAUGAGGUCACGAUGCUUACAUAGCUGCCACGGUUAUUGCCAAACGGGUACCGUUGGCGGUGGAAACGCAAGCCGUAACUGAGCUGCGCCUUACCGCACCUACACUACCACACCUAGUCCUAAUGGGCCUAACCGCUAGCCUGGCUAUUGCCAGACCAAGCUCAAUCGUAGAUUGCACGCUGGUCUGGGGAGGCUGCUGUCAUUUUCGUCAGCACAAGAGAGUCGUCAUUGUGUUUAACCAGCCAAUAGCACGCCAGGGGGAAAAGCCAGCUUGCUGAUUGGCUCCCGCAAAAGCGUAAGCAGAAAGAAUUGUUUUCGCAGGGCGAAUUCAAGUUGCCGGCCGAAUGGGCUGCGGGUACCGAGUCUACCUAACCGCACCCGCCGUUGGAAACGUGCCAUAAGCGGCCCCCAGGUUGCCCUUCGCGGUGGUGCUCUUUGGCCCCCAGGUUGCCCCUCACGGUGGUGCUCUCUGGCCCCCAGACGGCCCCCAGGUGGCCCUCGAGGUGGUGCUCUCUGGCCCCCAGGUCCCCAGGUGGCCCCUCACAGUGGGGAUCUCUGGCCCCCAGGCCCCCAGGUGACCCCUCAUGGUGGUGCUCUAUGUCCCCUCCAGACCCUUAUUUUCUUGACAGUUGAAGGCCUGGGGGGCCUGAACUGUUCAGGGGCCACUGCCCGUCCUCCAGUGACCCCCAGAUGCCCCCAGAUGCCCCCAAGAGGAAGGAGAGAGGGGUCCUUCAGUCGAAUGUAUCCCAUAUUGAGCCACUCUGCUAGGGGAAGCUCUCUAUGUACAGGCAUCAAUGCCCCCUACUGGCAAGACAUGAUAUUACCGUAUGUACAUAUUAGAUGUUUCUAAGAACAGGACAUACAUAAACUACUUUUCAUAUCAAAAAAGAGAAAGAGUUAGGAGAUUUUUUCCUAAACUAUCUAGGGAUAUUUUAAUUAUCGAAAAUUAACAAAUACAUAAAAAACUAAAAAAAAUUGAGGGUUUUGUUGAGUUAUAGCUUUUAUACAGAAUUCUUGAUUUUUGGCAAAACCGUUGAGUUGAACCAACUGUGAUUUACCUUCUCUUACAGGACGAAGUGCCUUCAUUGCUGUGUUCUGUUCAGUGCGUCAGGGCUUCAUGACACUUCUUAUCAAGCUCAUUCAUCCAUAAACUCCAACAGCAUUGAUACAUUAACCACAGAAACCUAUUCUUUCAGAUCCACCAACUGAUUCUCUCAGAUGUGUUCAACCUAGAAUCUGGUCACAAUCUGCGGCCACUUCCAUUUGCCGUCCAAGUUCACAAACAAAAGGCUAAAUUUGGUAAAGAUUUGAUUAUUGAUUUGCUAUAUUUGAUUGACAAUUGUUUAACACAUAAUUUAAAUCUUCUUGGCUGGACAGUUAAUCCUUUUGAAAUGUCAUCAGAAUCAUCCCCAAUGUUAAUGUUAGACUAUUGAAGACGUAUAAUAACUAGCAUAUAUCGUAUGGAAUUGUAUUUAUUGGGUACGGGGUACUUGGGGAAUUGUAAAGAAUGCUGUGGAAAUCGUACUGUAAGUCAUUAUUAAAGUUGAAGUUUUGCACAAUCUGA